GAGCGGGAACGGGAACGUUCGCGAAGUCCGGUGCGCCUGCCAGAGGUCGACCAGUUCAUUGAUGAGAACAACAUCAACGCAGAGGCGGCGACCAAGAUUCGGACUCUCAGUCCGGAGAGCCAGCGGAAGGUCAUCUCUCGGCCCCUUACCGGCGAUGUGCAGAAUCCGUCGAAGGUGAUGAUUGCACGAGUGCGCGAGCUUCAGAACCAAGAGGAGAAGUCCAAGUCAGGAGGCGGGUCCGAUUCACUGGGUUUUUGGGGAGACGCGAUGCUUCAAGCGACGGCACAGGCUGUUGCCAAGUACAUCGAGGACAACCACCUAGACAGCCGUGCGGCCAAAGCCUUGCGGGCUCUUCCGCCGCAGCACCAGGCUGUGGCGAUCCGCUGGGACCUCUCGCAGCAUCGGAACCGGUCGGAGAAGUUCCUGUCUAUGGCGGCAGUACUCGGCAGCGGCCCAGCACCCGGAAUGCCGAUGCCGCCGAUGUACGGCCUGCCUCACGUGCCCGGACCAGGAGGUGUACCGGCCAUGUACACAAUGCCUCUGCCUGGCAUGGGCCCUCCGGGCAUGAUCCCGGCAAUGUAUAGUAUGCCUCCUCCAGGUAUGGGCAUGAUGGGAAUGCCGCCGCCGGGGCGCUGA